AUGGGAGAACAAGAACCGACCCCCGAGAACCACACGAUGAUGCAGGGCUUUGAGUGGUAUGUCCCUGCUGAUCAGAAGCACUGGGUGCGACUGGAGAAGCACGUACCGCAGCUCAAAGCUUGGGGCGUCGACAACAUCUGGAUCCCGCCAGCAUGCAAGGGCUCAUCGAAGACUGGAAACGGUUACGAUAUCUACGAUUUGUACGACCUGGGCGAGUUCGACCAGAAGGGAUCCGUCGCGACGAAAUGGGGUACCAAGGAGGAGCUCCUGAAGCUCGCGCACACAGCAAAGGACAAUGGCGUCGGCAUUUACUGGGACGCUGUCCUGAACCACAAGUUCGCAGCCGAUCGCAAGGAGAAGUGCCUCGCCCAGGAGGUGGACCAGGAGGACCGCACCAAGUUCGUCAGUGACAAGUACGAGAUCGACGCCUGGGUCGGCUACGACUUCCCCGGUCGCAAGGGCAAGUACAGUGAUAUGAAGUAUCACUGGUACCACUUCAGCGGUGUCGACUACAACGCGAGGAACGAGAAGACGGCCAUCUACAAGAUUAUGGGUGACAAGGGUGACCAGCAGUGGGCUGACGCCGUCGACGAUGAGAAGGGCAACUACGACUUCCUCAUGGGUUCAGAUCUCGACUACGACCAUCCCGAGGUCGUGAAAGAUGUCCUCAACUGGGGCAAGUGGCUGGCGAAGGAGGUGCCCCUCCAGGGAAUCAGAUUCGACGCAAUCAAGCACUAUAGUGAGGACUUCUUGCGCCAAUUCAUUACCGAGCUGGACAAGGAAUAUGGCAAGGGAUGGUUCUUUGUCGGCGAGUUCUGGAAGGACAGCCUCGACGACAUGACCGAGUAUCUGGCUCGCAUGGGCCGUCAGUUCACCCUUUUUGACGCGCCGCUGGUAUACAACUUCAGCGAGAUCAGCAAGGGUAACGGAGCGGAUAUGAGAAAGGUCUUUGACGACACGUUGGUGCAGAAGGAACCCAUCAACGCUGUGACCCUCGUCAUGAACCACGACACUCAACCUUACCAAGCCCUCGAGGCACCGAUCGAGGGCUGGUUCAAGCCCAUUGCGUAUUCUCUCAUUCUCCUCCGCUCCUCCGGCUACCCUUGCGUCUGGUACGGUGACCUCUACGGCAUCAAGGGAGAGCACCCCUUCCCGCCAUCAUGUGGCGGCGCUCUGCCGAAACUUAUCCUUGCCAGGAAGCUCUAUGCCUACGGUGAGCAGGCCGACUACUUUGACUACGCCACGUGUCUCGGCUGGGUCAGGUACGGAACUUGGGACCGUCCCUAUGGCUGCGCGGUCGUUGUCAGCAAUGCCGGGCCCGGCUCCAAGCGGAUGCACGUCGGCGAAAUGCACGCUGGAGAGGUUUGGACCGAUGUCCUCGGAUGGAACGACCGUGAGGUCACCAUUGGCGACGAUGGCUUCGGCGAGUUCGUAUGCUCUGGCACUUCAGUGAGCAUCUUCGUCAACAAAGAUGCAGAUGGCAGAGACAAGUUUACGAAGGAAUUCGACUCCAACAUUUACGAGGAAUAA